CUGGAGAGCUUGCGCGGAUUUCUGCGUACUGCCCCUACCAGUUGGGUUCCGGGCAUGAGUAUUCGUACCUAUCAGCUUCCCAACAAAGAAAUCAUUUCUUGCGUUUUGUGGAGAGACCUAUUCCAUAUCACAGGCACGGAUAUUGUACGAGUGCUUACUCAUAGGUUUGAAUGCUUUGGUAGACGGAUCGUGCAUACCAAAAAGUUCGAGGAAGGCAUUUUUUCUGACUUGAGAGCACUCAAGCCUGGUGUCGAUGCUACACUAGAAGAGCCUCGCUCUCCAUUCCUCAAGUUCCUAUACGAGCAUGGAACUGUUCGUACUCAAAAGAAACAAAAGGUGUUUUUCUGGUUUUCGGUUGAUCACGACAGACUC